AUAACCACUCGAAAAUUACUCAUCAUCCAUUUUCAGCAUUUCAAACCUAUUUAUACUUACACAUCCCCACUCUCUCAAACACACACUCCUCUCAUUCUCUCUUCCUUUACCCAAAACUCUCUUUCUCCCUCUCCGUAUUUUCCAUUUCCGAUCCAUCGCAAUGGCGUUGCUGGUUGAAACCACCACUAGCGGCCGCGAAUACAAGGUCAAGGACAUGUCCCAAGCCGACUUCGGCCGUCUCGAAAUCGAGCUCGCCGAAGUCGAAAUGCCCGGUCUAAUGUCCUGCCGAACCGAAUUCGGUCCAUCCCAACCCUUCAAAGGCGCUAGAAUAACCGGUUCACUUCACAUGACAAUCCAAACCGCCGUCCUCAUCGAAACCCUAACCGCUCUCGGCGCUGAAGUCCGUUGGUGUUCCUGCAACAUCUUCUCCACUCAAGACCACGCCGCUGCCGCCAUCGCUCGUGACAGCGCCGCCGUGUUCGCAUGGAAAGGAGAGACUCUCCAGGAGUAUUGGUGGUGCUCUGAACGCGCUCUUGAUUGGGGUACUGGCGGUGGACCAGAUCUUAUCGUUGAUGAUGGUGGUGAUGUCACUCUCUUGAUCCAUGAAGGUGUUAAGGCUGAAGAGGUUUUUGAGAAGACUGGUCAGUUACCUGAUCCUUCUUCCACUGAUAAUGCUGAGAUGCAGAUUGUUCUUACCAUUAUCAGAGAUGGUUUGAAGACUGAUCCUAAGAGGUACCAGAAGAUGAAGACUAGAAUUGUUGGUGUUUCUGAAGAAACUACCACUGGUGUUAAGAGGCUUUACCAGAUGCAAGCAACUGGUACCCUUUUGUUCCCUGCUAUCAAUGUCAAUGACUCUGUUACCAAGAGCAAGUUUGACAACUUGUACGGUUGCCGUCACUCACUCCCCGAUGGACUGAUGAGAGCUACUGAUGUCAUGAUUGCCGGAAAGGUUGCUGUUGUAUGUGGUUAUGGAGAUGUUGGCAAGGGUUGUGCUGCUGCAUUGAAACAGGGUGGUGCUCGUGUGAUCGUGACUGAGAUCGAUCCAAUUUGUGCACUUCAAGCUCUUAUGGAAGGUCUUCAAGUCUUGACUUUGGAGGAUGUUAUCUCCGAGGCUGACAUCUUUGUUACCACAACCGGUAACAAAGACAUUAUCAUGGUUAGUGACAUGAAGAAAAUGAAGAACAAUGCCAUUGUCUGCAACAUUGGUCACUUCGACAAUGAAAUUGACAUGCAUGGACUUGAGACAUACCCUGGUGUGAAGCGCAUCACAAUUAAGCCACAAACUGACAGAUGGGUUUUCCCUGAAACCAAAUCUGGCAUCAUUGUCUUGGCCGAAGGUCGUUUGAUGAACUUGGGAUGUGCUACUGGACACCCCAGUUUCGUCAUGUCAUGCUCCUUCACCAACCAAGUCAUUGCUCAGAUUGAGUUGUGGAAGGAAAAGACUUCCGGCAAGUAUGAAAAGAAGGUAUAUGUUUUGCCUAAGCACCUUGAUGAGAAGGUUGCUGCCCUUCAUCUUGGCCAGCUUGGAGCUAGGCUCACCAAGCUUUCCAAAGAUCAGGCAGAUUACAUCAGUGUGCCUGUUGAGGGUCCAUACAAGCCUGCUCACUACAGGUAUUGAGAUGAUCAAGAGAUGGCAGAGGGAAAGAAUAAAGAUGAUUCUAUCCGUAUUGUUCCGCAUUCGAUUUUGGAUUUUUGUUUUCUCAUUACAAUUUUUAGAUUUGUGGGGUAGAUUGAGAAUUCUUUUGGAUUAUUAUCCUAGAAUCUCAAUUCCACCGGGGUUGAAGGGUAUGAGUAAAAAAACCUGUUGGUUUCUAUGAAAUGAGACCAAUUGGGUAUGAAUAAAGCUUAGGUUGUGGCUGUGUCUGUUAUGAUUGAUUAUUAGAGUAUAAUUACACGUGUUCUUGUCCAAUCUUUGACAGAAUCAAGUUAGGAAAAAAUGCAGAAAAAUAUGUGCUUACUGUAUUACAUUCGAUUUGUUUUAAUCUAUAUUUGCUUAUUUUUCACUUUA